AUACAUUCAGGCAGCUGCAUCCUCGCGGCCCCCGCCGCAGCCUGGACCUUGGGAACCAGCAGCCCAGAGCCAGGAAGCCCCAGCAUUCAGGGCCCAGACAGACCCCAAAAUCCCAGACCAGAGGCAGGGAAGGAUGGUGCGAGGAGGACCCCAGGACCCACACGCCAGGGCCAGGGCCAGCGCCGGCUCCCAGUGGGUGCCUCUUUCCAAGGCUGGAGAGGGAGGCAGAAUGGAGGGCUUCCCAGGUCGGAGCAACCCUACAGGCCGGGCAGAUGGAGGGAAGGGUGCAGGUCAUGUUCUGGAGACCUCCCCUCAGCCUGGAACUGGUUUCUCCUCUGCCUCUCCGCCUGUGGGUGUCCCUGUGCUCUGGUAACACCCCAGGCACCAGCUGUGCCCUCACCAGGCUACGUGCCCGCCCCUUCCUUCUGCUAUCCCCAUCAGUGGGCUGCUUCAGAGCCACGGCCCUUCUGGGGCUACAGGGGAGGAUGCACCCACAGCAUACUCUGCACUGAGGGGCAGGCAGUGGGCGCUGAUGCCACCUGUCCUGCUGACAGCUCCUCACCCAGCAAGGCUGACCCAGCUCUGGGUGAAAGAGGAGCCAGUGAGGUAGACUGGGGAGAGGCUGCACCUUCACCCACGCCUGCCCACAGCAUGGCCCAUCCACUUCCUGCACGGGCGCUGGGAUCUGCUUUCCACGGAGCCCCACGGCCAUGACCAGCCCGGUCCUGGGAGAGGACAGCCUGGGUGGUGGUGUGUCUGCAGACACGAAGAUCUGGGCACGGGGCCCAGAAAGUGACUGGCUCAGCCUGGAGUCUCCCCCAGCACUAGAAGCAGAGCUGCCAAGGGCUGCCGCUAUG